UAAAGAAGACUAUGGCCGCUAGUGCGGGAACACAAAUUUUGAAAUACGCUGUACACAAGUGGUCGAGUUUCUCAUACAACUAUGUACCAGAGAAUGUUUACGUAGACAGCCCAAGUGAUCAAUCGUCCCGAUGGUCGUCCGAUUCUAACCACCCACCACAGUUCUUGACGUUAAAACUAGAGAGACCUUCUGUUGUAAAAUCUAUUACCUUUGGUAAAUAUGAAAAGACGCAUGUGUGUAAUUUAAAGAAGUUCAAGGUGUUUGGUGGCCUGACUGACGAUCAUGUGGUGGAGCUAUUGGAGAGUGGCUUGAAGAACGAUCACUUGUCUGAGCAGUUCCUUCUAAAAUGUGAAAUUGAAGACCAUUAUUUCCCCUGCAGAUUUAUCAAAAUAGUCCCAAUACAAGCGUGGGGUCCUAAUUUCAACUUUAGUAUUUGGUACAUCGAGUUACAGGGCACUGACAACUGGGAUGUAGUCAAACCCUGUAUUAACUGGUUUAAUUCUUAUAGAGAAAAAGAAGCAAUCCGCUUAUGUCUGAAACAUUUCCGACAGCGACAAUUCAUUGAAGCAUAUGAUGCCCUACAAAAAAAGACGAAGGUUGAACUGGAGCAUCCCAUACUGACAGAGCUCCAUGAUAAAUUGGUGAAGCAGGGUGACUUUGAUAGCUGUGAAUCUUUAGUAUGGAGAGCAUGUCAAGAGAAACUGUUUGACCAGUACAUAGGUCUGCUAGACUACAAACCAAAAUGGACAUCGAUAGAGCCAAUGACCAAGGGUGGGGACUUGGUGACAGAAAACCGGCCAGGGAUGAGAGGCGGACACCAGAUGUGUGUAGACAUCCUUGCAGAGAUGUUGUAUCUAUUUGGUGGAUGGGAUGGAAGUCAGGACUUAUCAGAUCUUUGGGCGUACCAUAUUCCCUCUCGGACGUGGACCUGCAUCUGUAAAAAUACCGAAGAGGAGGGAGGUCCCUCAGCAAGGUCGUGUCACAAGAUGUGCCUUGAUCAUGAAAGGAAACAGAUAUUCAUACUGGGGCGAUAUUUAGACUCGACCGUACGCACAUCAGACAACCUAAAGAGUGAUUUCUACAUGUACGACAUAGGGUCAGCCAAGUGGACUAUAAUUACAGAGGACACUCAAGCGAUGGGAGGACCCAAGUUAAUCUUUGAUCAUCAGAUGGUCAUGGAUAUUGAAAGGCGCACACUCUUUGUGUUUGGAGGUCGUGUACUCACAAGUACAGGUGAUAGUGGAGAGCGGAGCAGUGAGCCUGAGUUCAGCGGACUAUAUGCAUACCAUGUUCCUACCAACACAUGGAAACAAGUGAUGACUGAUUGUGCAGAGCUUCGGUCACGCAUCGGACACUCAAUGCUUUUUCAUCCAAAAAGGAGAGUGUUGUACGUGUUUGCCGGUCAGAGAGCAAAAGAAUAUCUAAAUGACUUUUUCUCAUAUAACGUUGAUACGGGGCAAAUCGAGAUGAUCGCAGACGGAAGUAAGAAGGAGACAAAUUCAGUAGGGGCUAUACCUGCGGCUGGAUUUACACAGCGUGCUACAAUCGACCCGGAAUCAGAUGAAAUACAUGUCCUUUCUGGACUCAGUAAAGACAAGGACAAACGAGACAAUGUGAAAAAUUCUUUUUGGGUGUAUGAUAUCAGUAAAAACAAGUGGUCAUGUGUAUACAAGAAUGAGAACUCUGGGCAACAAUACUGGACAAAGAUGCAGCAUGUAGAGCCAGUACCUCGGUUUGCUCAUCAGCUGGUCUAUGAUCAUGUCCACAAGGUACACUACCUAUUUGGUGGAAAUCCCGGAAAGGAAAGCUUACCAAAGAUGAGAUUGGAUGAUUUCUGGUCAUUAAAACUAUGUCGACCUACAGCUGAAAAUUUGUUACGGCGAUGCAAGUAUCUAAUUCGGAAGUUUAAAUUCCAAGAAAUGUCAGAAUCCGAUUCCCGAGCAGCCAUGUUGUAUCUUCAGGCCAGUUUGGCAGAAAUCGUGGAUCAUAACAACCUAGAGGAACGUACUGAGUUUCAAUUGCUGGCAUCAACACUGUUCAAGUCAGAAGAGGAGGGGGAUGUUUUCAGUGAGAUGGCGGGUGUGGACACCAGUGAACACUAUCAGACCCGAACAGAACUUUUUGACAAGCUAGUGUCCUUUUUCCCAGAACAGAUGACCCAGCCUAAAGGGAACCUUGUUGACCUAAUCCCUAUGAUGUGACUGGUCAGUCAUAACAAGAGUUGAUUGGUUCCCAUGCACUUGUAAUGCCCACGCCACAACCAAAAGUUAAGAUCUUUAACCUUAUGUGAGGAUUAUUCUCGUGAUGUAUAAUCCAAUUUGUGAUGGUCAACUCUAGAUCUCCCCAUGAUAUGAUUGGGCAACAUUUCCUCGGAUGUUAUUGGUCAAUGCUUAAUAACAUGAUGUGAUUGGUCAAAUCUUCCCCUGGCAUGAUUGUUAGACUCUCAUCAUCAGGUGAUGCCUUGUUCAAAUCUUCCCCUGGUAUGAUUGUUAGACUCUCAUCAUCAGGUGAUCCUUGCAUUGGUCAAAUCUUCCCCUGGUAUGAUUGUUAGACUCUCAUCAUCAGGUGAUGGCUUAGUCAGAUCUUUCUGACAUUAAUCAUUUUUGACCUAUUUAUGUGAGGUAUUGAGUAGACCUCAGUCUGUUGUUGGAUGAUACAUAUUACAAAUUGAGGGCAAAUGUUUGCUGUCAAUUUUUACUGAAUUUUCAGAAUGACGUCAAUGUAGAAAUUAAGAUUUCUGUCAAUAGGGAUGAAGUAGGACACACGUCUGCAUGUGUAUUUUAAGUUGUCGUCAAGACGACAAAUUUGAUAUUGUAUCUGAUAACAGAUUAAAAAUUGUGUCUUACUUGAGACUGUCAUGAAAACAGACAUGAUGUUUUCACUGGCAGCAGAUACAAAGUUGUCGCUGACAAUAGAUUGGAUGUUGUCCCUAACAACUGAUACAAGGUUGUCGCUGACAACGAAGGAGGUUAUCAUUUAUAUGGCAACCAAUUUUGAUGUUUGUGAAUGACAUCAAAUGAUUUUGAACCCCCUGUUCAUGAGAUUAUCUCUGAGAAUUGUAAUUUUUUAAACUGCCGUGACAAUUGCAACAGGUAUGCAGUAAUGUAUUGAAUAUAUAUAUGUUUUUGGUGAGUUUUUCAUGUGUUAAAUUAAUAUAUUAAUGAAACUUACACAAGUUAAGCUCUAUAAGAAUAAGAAGGGGUAACAUUAACUCUGUAUUCAAUGAUUUUAAUAUAAAAUGACAUGGCAUCUAUUAGAAUGUGAAUGACAUGUUUCAAAUCAGUAUUGUUAUCUACACAUUGUGUAUGUUGCCUGGCAGCUAGAACAGGAUUACUAUGUUCGAAAGCACUGGUACCCUAUAGACUAGGCACUCAGGCAGUUGGGAUUUUUUUAAAUUUGAUGUUGCCUUAUCAAAUUAAGAUAAUAAUUCAGAAUAAUAUGUAACUAAUAUUAACAUUUAAAUCUUGAUAUUGCAGAAAUAAUACAAAACCUUGCUAGUCAAAGUUUAUUGGAUAUCAAAUAUUUAGUUUCACCAGAAAUUCUAUGUGUACAUGUUAAUGAAACAUCGCUGUCAUUGAUAGGUUUAUUCAUUACAGUAGUAGAGUGUCUUAAAAUUAAUUCUCCUUUAUUGGAGUCUUAGAUUAACAAAGUUCUAUAACAUAUGUUUAUCCAUUUGAAUUCCUUAAGCCUGUGUGUAUGCUACCUUGUGGUGACUUGUAUCUACUUAGUAAAUAAUCUGUCAAAUAUCUCUUAUUAUGAUUGUAGUUCAUUACUAAUUUCUUAACACCUCCGACCAAAACCCCAGAAAUAAAAUAUGAAGUCACUUUUAUCUCUAAGGUAUCUUUGACUCUGUACAUGUUUUUGGGAGGGGGAAUUUUUCCAAAACAGGUGUAAAAUAAUCUUUGGUUGUUCUGAUGAAAGGAUUUCCUUUGAUGUCUCUUAUAUAUAUGUACAAAUCACUGUCUUGAGUUAUCCGUAGAAAACUCUACAAAACCAAUCUGAUUAAAGAUCUGGUUUUAAUCAGCUUGCUCUACAACAAGAGAAUCGCUAUAGAAAAGAUGCCAUAAAGCUUGGAGAAUUGAGGGGUUAGGGGUUGAGAUUCUGUGAUGUAAGCUAGGUAGAGGGAUUAUAAAUGUAAGCUAGCUAUUGUGAUGCUAGAAAGGUAUCUGGAAAGGCAGAGCAAAGACAUUUCUAUUGUAUAAAAAGAUGGAAUUGUAUAAAAUUGACAUUUGCAGAAAUUCAUCUUUGUUAUUAUAAGUGCUUAUUUAUUGGUAUAAUAUGAAGCCUUUUGGGAAUUCUUACCAAUGAUUUGAAGUGAUCAAUCAUAUUUGUCAUCUACCUUGAGAAAAAAUUCUAUCGCAUCUGAUUUUUAGCUCACCUGCCUGAAGGGCUAGUGAGCUUAUGCCAUGUCCGGCGUCCGUCAACUUUUCCUUUU